AAUUCUGGCAAUACCCACCCACUACGAAAGGCAGCUUUACUCUAUAAAUUUAUUCCACUGGUGUUUGGAGGGCAUGCCCACCGUCCCUCACAGCAGUUUCUUGAGCCUUCUGGAAAAUAUUUUUAGUUUUUCCCGACCAAUAAUGACUUCGCGUUUCAGCCACGCCACAUCAAUACACAAAACGAAAUGAAUAUCACUUGCACAGCCCAAUUCACAGGCUGCUCAUAUUUUCAUCGCACUCCUCUCAUAAUUCAAUCCCGCCGCUUUGUUACUAGAAAAUAUGGAGCAUCUGCUGUAGCCCGCCUUCUGAAAAACAACGAUUCAAAUCCACACUCGCACUUGGAACUACCAAAAUCUCCUCAUUCUCACAACAAUUUAGUGGCUCAAGUGGGAGUCGUACUCCCGAAGCUUCCCUCGCCGCCUCCUGCCGAGCAAGCGCUUUUGUCUAUUGCAUUCAUUGUAUGUACGAGUCUGGGGUUGUUCAGUUCUUUGAUCAUUAUUGCUCUUCCAACACUUAAUUCCUUCCAAAGGCUGUCAGUUUCUAUGCAAAAGCUUUCAAAAACUAUUAGUGAAGAAGUUCCUGGUACAUUUAUAUCACUCAAAUUUUCAGGCUUAGAGAUCAACGACUUGGCGCUGCGGCUUAGAAACCUAAGGGAAAGACUACAUCGACGUUUUUUUCGAAGAAAAGAUAGGGAUAAUAAACCUAGUGGUUCUCAAGGAAAGGACAGUCCUGUUUUCUAGUGAGAAAAAUAUAAGAAAGGUUGCAUGUUGUAAGGAGAUUUCUUCUUAUAUGUAUAGUUAGUAAGCUUACAAUGCCAGAUAUAUUAGCUACUUUGAUUACAUCCUCAAUGUUCAAUAAUUUCUUGUAGUUUGCGAUUGCCAACAUGCCAUCAUGCCAUUUUUAAGUUAUAAACCUUCCUUACCAGCAGGGAGCAAUGAUGUCAAGUCUUGUUUAUAGAUCUGGCACAAAUUUGUGCUAGCAACUUUUGUUUUCAAAUUAAGUAUAUUUCUUAUCAUUUCGAAAUUG